AUGGGUAGUAGCAGAGCAAAAGACACGUUGGAAGCAAGGGAUUAUAGCAAGUUGUUGCGCGCAAAUGUUUCGGAGUUGCUCGCUUCUGAAUACAACGUCAUUGACCUUGUUAAGAUCGUGACAGCCUAUCGUGACUUCUUCUGCGACGUGGCGGAAAAGACGAGUCGCGUCAACGAGCAACCACUGAGGGAAGGAGCUAUGCAUGCCUUUGAAAUCAAACGAGGUGAGGCAGAGGUGUUCGCUGAGCGCGUUUCGAAGGCGUUCAGGAUGUGCGUGGAGAAAAGCAGGCAUGCCGUUUCCGGGAAGAGGCUUGUCCCUUCUGUCUUGUCUGUUGUGAAAGUUCUUCAAGGAGCAGUUUCCAAGGCCAAGGUCGCCAAGGCGAAAACGCCUCGUAAAAGUGGAGCUGGGAAGACGACAGAGAAAGGUGCAACCUCCAACGCGGCUCGUCAAGCAACACCUGGCAAAUCUCCAAGCAAAGCUGCUCGGAAUAGCCACGAACCUCGGUCGCCUGUGACUCGACCGACGUCUUCGCCUAGCAAGAACACUGCAAGCAAGUUUCAAACGCCUGACAAGCAAAUUGUCUUGUUUUCUCCUCAGAAGCCGAAGAAAGGUGAGUCAUGGCAGCUGCCCGCAACGCCCACAAAAACUUCAUCCUCCUCUGCGCAGCGUGGCUUGCCCGCUUCUUUACCGUGCUCGGGCAAGACGCAAUCUCCUGGCAAGGUGGCUCUGCAGUCGUGUCAGAAGCGUCCUGCAGCAAGCAGCAAGGUGACUGGUGUGCAGAAAAACAUCAUUGCCAACAAGAAUGGCAAAAUUUUGAAACGUCCUGCAGCAGCUAAGCCUAGCAACGUUUGCUCUGCUUUGCUCAACAUCACAGUGACUAGUACCAAACAAAGUUUGCCGAUUCGUUCCUACGUGCAGGCCUGCACGUCUCCAAAAGGGGUCAAGCGGCUAAUCGUGGAAUUCUCCGAAAAACAAUUUAGCAAUCACAGAGAGCUUGCGGAAAAAGCCAAGUCUGACAUUGUCACCAAGGGCUUGAGUUACACGGACGCCCGAAACCUGAAGAUGCAGUAUCUGGCAGAGAUGCAGAAGCGCUAG